AGCAACAAUGCAGCAGUGGAAAUGGAACAUCAAUUUCAUGUUCUGGGAUUACCAGAACACUCCGAAUAGCCUACCUUCCGAAUUAGACUUAGCGACGUGAAGAAGUACGACUUUAGUUUACAACUGGUCUUCUUCAGACCUGGAUACCUAGAACUCCAGCGUCGUCAGAUAGGAGAAGAGUUCGAAACACGAUGCAGAAAACCUAUAUUUCCAUGGCACAAUGAACCGAAGACAACUAGAACGGCAUACAUUCAUGCAAAGUCAAACCUAUCUUCCGCUCUAUUCUUAGCCUCACCCAUUCACUAUGGAACUCACCCGAUUCAUUACCCUUUUGGCCACGGCGCUACCUCUCGCCUACGGCGCACUCCCGCCGAGCUGGCCUAGUCUCCGCACCCCGAUAUGCUGGAAGCCAUUCAGCGUGAUCUCGGUCUUGACACUACCCAGGCCACUGCCCGCAUUGCUAGAGAUAGCUAUGCCAGCAAGGUCAUUGAGAACCUACAGGGCUCGCUGGGUAAAAGCUUCUCUGGAGCUUGGCCCGACGAAGACAAGAUCCUCGUCGGUAUCACUGACGAAGCUCAAAAGAAGGACGUUGUCUCUGCGGGUGGCACUCCCGUUCUCAUGGCCAACUCCCUCGACAAGCUGCACAAGACCCAAGAGGCUCUCAACGACAUUCUCAAAGGCCACGCCAAAAGAGACGGACAUUCCACUUUCGGUUACCAUGCUAGCAUUGCCUCGUACGGUGUCGAUCUUGCCGCCAACAAGCUCGUCAUAAACGCCCUUGCCCACGCCCAGGACGCGGCCAACAAGUUCACCUCUCACUCCGGCCUUGAUGCAUCUGACUACGAGGUGCAUGUCAUCGACACCAUGCCUGCUGCUCAUGCGACUGUUGUUGGCGGCUAUGCAUACAAGAAUAUUGACGCACGCUUGAUCUGGUCAUACGGCUUUGCUGUCACGGGAGGUUUCAUAUCGGCCGGACAUUGCGGAAGCGCCGGGGCUCAUGUCACGUCGUUCAGCGGCGAGGCCGUUGGUACUUUCUACGAUUCAACCUACCCAGGCAAUGACUGGAGCUAUGUCCAGACCGUUCAGGGCACCACUCUGUAUGGUUAUGUCGACGCCGGCAACGGGAACUUUUACCCUGUCAAGGGUAGUCAGGAAGCUGCUGUUGGCGCUACUAUCUGCCGGUCUGGCCAGACUACAGGCGUCAGAUGCGGCACCAUCCGUCAAAAGAAUAUGACCGUCAACUACCGUGAGGGAACUCUACGGCUUGACACAGACAAACUUGCUCUGAUCACGGAGACUCUGGUGGCUCUGUCAUUGCUGGAACGCAGGCUCAGGGUCUCCUCUCUGGCGGUCAUGGUACUUGCCAAGACAGCGAUAGCCUAUCUUACUUCCAGCCAGUCAACCCCAUUCUGA